CCCUAUAGAUAGUGGUCGCACUCCGCCUUAGUAUUUUCAAUCGUAUCCGUUUUAUUGCUCGUUGCAGGACCCUCAGAUUUUUUUAAACAGUGUUGUGGCCUAGACUUCUGUAGAUACAUGUCCAUACAACCUUUAAAUCUAACCAAGCGUUGCAGAAUCGUCGCAUGUCUGUCGAGCCGACAGCAGGGACGCUUGCGCUUCUGCGUGGAUUUAUCAUGAAGGACUGCCGGUGCUGGGAUGCGAACAGCAGCAAAAACUACGAGGAGCUAUUUGAUAAACUAGACACCAAUAAAGAUGGGAAAGUUGACGUGGCGGAGCUUCGGUCAGGUCUCAUAGCGAUGGGGAUAGCCCUGCGUACUGGAGAAGCUCAGAAAAUAGUGGCCACCGGUGACAAGAACAGGGACGGUGUGCUUGACUUCACUGAGUUCGCCAGAUACCUGAAAGAGCACGAGAAGAAACUGUGGCUUACAUUCAAAAGCUUGGACAAGAAUGAUGAUGGUCGCCUGGAUGCCUGUGAGAUCAAACAAUCUCUGGCUGAACUGGGAAUGGACAUAUCCACAGAAGCAGCACUGAAAAUCCUGCAGAGCAUCGACAUUGACGGCACCAUGACUGUGGAUUGGAACGAGUGGAAAGAGCACUUCAUGUUCAAGCCUGCAACUGACCUAGAAGAAAUUAUUAGAUACUGGAAACACUCCUCGCAGCUGGACAUUGGUGAUAAUCUCGUCAUUCCUGAUGAGUUCACUAACGAAGAGAAGAUCUCUGGUGUCUGGUGGCGACAGCUAGUUGCCGGGGCAACAGCAGGGGCGGUUUCUCGAACAGGCACUGCACCUUUGGAUAGAAUCAAGGUUUUUAUGCAGGUUCAUUCAUCCAGGUCAAACCAAAUCAGUCUGGUGGGGGGGUUCAAACGGAUGCUUAAUGAAGGAGGAGUGACAUCUCUGUGGAGGGGAAACGGCCUCAAUGUGUUGAAAAUCGCUCCCGAGACCGCUAUCAAAUUCAUGGCCUAUGAACAGUAUAAGAAGUAUCUGUCAUCCGAGGGUGAUAAAAUAGAGACAGCGCAGAGAUUCAUGGCUGGCUCUUUAGCCGGUGCCACAGCACAAACUUCCAUUUAUCCUAUGGAGGUAGUGAAGACUAGACUGACCCUGAGGAGUACCGGACAGUAUUCUGGGAUGAUCGACUGUGCCAGGUCAAUUCUGAAAAGAGAGGGCAUCAAGGCUUUCUAUAAAGGUUACAUCCCCAACAUGCUGGGCAUUAUACCUUACGCUGGCAUCGACCUUGCUGUUUAUGAGAGCCUAAAGAAUGCCUGGCUAGCACACUACGCUAAAGACACAGCCAACCCCGGUGUUCUGGUCCUGUUGGGCUGUGGUACCAUCUCCAGCACAUGUGGGCAACUGGCCAGCUACCCUCUGGCCUUGGUCCGCACUCGUAUGCAGGCACAAGCAUCGCUCGGAAACUUGGAGCAGCCUUCUAUGCGCUCACUGAUUAAGAGCAUUGUGGCAAACGAAGGCUUUUUCGGUCUCUAUCGGGGGAUCCUACCCAACUUCAUGAAGGUCAUUCCAGCUGUGAGCAUCAGCUACGUAGUGUACGAGUACACAAAAUCAUCGCUAGGUAUCUCAAAGUGAAUGUCACAGGGCUGAGUUCCCAAACCGCAUAAGCAUAGGAGUGCUGUUCCUGGAUCCGUUUAUCUUCAUGAACAUUAGGAAAAACUAGUAUCAAUCAUGUGGAACAGCUACAAUCUGAUUCCAGAUCAACAUUCCUGUGUAAAAUGCUUCAUGAGUCCAGACUGUUGUUGCUGUUUUAUAGCAGUUUUCUUCAUGAAUGUCCUCUGUGCACUAAACACCGCUGAAUUAGACUUUUAAAACUCAUCAGUCGUGUCUUAAGUACAUGGUCGAAGGACCAGGAUGGACUCUUAUGCUGUAGAUUUAACUACAUGAUUUAAUCUUAUAGGUAAUUCGUCAUUUGCUUAUUUAAAUUUGUAGCAGUAGGAAUGACUGGUCACUGCACUGAAUAAUAGGGCAAAUACAAUUUGCCUUAUGACUUGCAUGCUACGACCUCUUUCUUGUGUGUCUAUGCAUGUGAAUGCCUGAUAUCUAUGAAUGUUGCUUUUAUUUCUAUUACAUUAUUUUUAUAUUUUUUUUUUAUAUUUUACCAGAAAUAAAUAAAUAUACAAUGGAUACAAUCUACUGUACCAUAAUGUAGACACCAAAAUACCAGAACAUAACCCACAGGAUAACAAGGAUAUGUUAAUAUAAGGAUGCUCCACAGAGAAAGUUACAGUAAUCCCCGGUUUAUCGCGGUGGUUACGUUCCAAACCACCCGCGAUAAACGAAAAUCCGCGAUACACGGACGCCACCCCCAAAUGUUUUUUUUUUGUUUGUUUAAGCCGUAAAUGACCCUCCCACACUCUUUAAACACACACAGAAAACAUUUGCAAGCAUAUAGCGAGAUGAUUUUUGAGUAAAUUCGUAAAAAUAUCACAUUCAUGGUGAGUACUGUACGUAUGUAUGUUCCUUGCCAGAAGCCUUAGAAGCUGCAGAGCGAUUGGGCUUGCAGAAAAAUCGUAAAAAUACCAGACUCAAUAAAAAUUGGCCAGACUCGUUCUUCCAGUAGUACUGUAUUUAGAUUUUCAGCAUCCCCGCACCACGCUUUCCUAAACAACGCUACGUGUUCUUUGUCACUUGAGUAAAUACGCUGUACAGUAUUUUAUAUAUUAUUAACAUUUUACUUUAUUUGAAUUAAUGUUUAUAUUUUGUAAUUAAUAAUUAUAUUUCUAGUAAUAAAUUACCUUAUUUCAAUAUAAAAACAAUUCACUAUAAGGUUUGCGGAUACCGCGAUAUACAGUCCACAAGAAAAAAAUAGUUAUGUUCCAAAUAAAAAUCCACGAUAUCCCGGGACCGCGAUAUAUGCACCGCGAUAUAGCGGGGGAUUACUGUACUACAAAAGGGCAUUUUACUAAAAUAACAAAUAAACAAAAAUCUCUUCCAAAAUCUGUGCACUUAUUGACUUUCUCUCCCAAUCUCCAAAUGGGAGGAAUUUCCAUCAUCCAUCAUAAGUGCCCCUGCAUGAUUAUUAUCAAUAUUAUGAUAUUAUAAUUAUGGAUUGAUUUAUCCAGAAUUUGCCCAGAAGAAAUUGCAAUUUGAUGUAAUUUCCUUCCAGCAAAAAAAAAAAUUGUUUCUAAAUAUAAACAGAAGCAAUAAAAUACAGAAUAUUUAAAACAGAGAAAAAGGAUUAUAUUUGAUUUGCUGUGAUCACAUAGGGCUUUAGCCUAAGGUGCCUAGUUAGCAAGCUGAAUAAUUCUGUACACUACUGAAAUCACCAAAGAAAUUGAUUUCAUUUUAUUUUACACACUUUUCUCAAAAUUAUAUUUUUCUAUUGUUUAUUGAGGCAAUGUGAGAGUUCCGAGAAAAUACAGUUAAAAUCAGUUAAAUCUAAUUAAUGACAGACUCCUUCAGCAUUUCUCCAGGCUUUUUUGCGGCCAGAAAUGCAGCUUCUGGAGUAUUUUUAUAGGCUUUUAUUUGUGGGAAACUUAUUGAAUUGGUGAAAUUUCAAGCACAGAAUUUUUCUGAAAAACUCCUACCAGUGACGAUACAUAUAAUAACCUCCUGUGAUAGCUGUACUUCAUGUACAAGACACAUAAAUGGAAGCUGGCUUUGGCUGAAUGCAUUGUGACGAUGCCAGAUUUUUUUUGAAAUGUUGCAAGCUCCUCAGAAUAUCAUAGAGUUUGCUUUAUUUUGCAUUAAUGUCUGCAAUCCCAGCCUGGAGGGACUGAUCUGAAACAACCGAAUUUGUUAUACUUUAUUCUGUAAGUGGUGGGAGUGAGUUGAUGUAAAGGUUUGAGUCACAAGGGAAAGUCGAUGCAUAUUUCGUGAUUUGUGAUUAGUACAGUAAACUGUGACACAAAUCGCAUUCUGUGACCAAAUACAUAAAGGUAUUCGAUAUGUGCUAAUCAUUCUUCCUUUUAAGUGUGUUUGUGUGUGCAAGGUUCAAUAAAUUAAACUAACCAUUUGUGCAUAAGGAAAAUCAAAUCAAAAAAUUUUGCGUUUGACAUUAUUUGCCGUUGACUGCUUAUACUUCUCAAUAGAAUAAAAAAAAAAAGCUAAAGUUUAAUUUGAGAUUCUUCUAAAAUUCAUACAUUAUGCAACAGAGCAUAUAGUGCAUAGCAUACACCGAUCAGGCGUAACAUUAUGAGCACUGAGAGGUGAAGUGAAUAACACUGAUGAUCUCCUCAUCAUGGCACCUGUUAGUGGGUGGGAUAUAUUAGGCAGCAAGUGAACAUUUUGUUCUCAAAGUUGAUGUGUUAGAAGCAGGAAAAAUGGGCAAGAUUUUAACGAGUUUGAUAAGGGCCAAAUUGUGAUGGCUAGACGACUGGAUCAGAGCAUCUCCAAAACUGCAGCUCUUGUGGGGUGUUCCCGGUCUGCAGUGGUCGGUAUCCAUCGAAAGUGCUCCAAGAAAGGAACAGAAUACACAGUGCAUGAUGGGUCAGGGCUGUUUUGGCAGCAAAAGGGGGACCAACACAAUAUUAGGCAGGUGGUCAUAAUGUUAUGCCUGAUCGGUGUAUGGGCAUAAUGUAUAGUGUGUCAUUUGGGGUACACCUGACACAAACUGUUUGGCUUUGUAUUUGAAUAAAUGAGAAUAUUUGAAUAAACACUAUAUAUUUAUUUAUCAUGUAAAUAUCAGUAAGACGGUUGUUUAAGGAUAAAAGCCUCCUUGAACGGACGUAUAGCAUAAUACAUAAUGUCUGGAAGCCAUGAUUUCUGUAGUUCACUUCUCCAGGGAAAAGAGAGUCAAUUGGGAUUGUGCCAGUGUUGCUAUGGUAACAGAGCAACCUUGACUGGCCUUUGGACCUCCUAAAUGCCUGUGAUAUCGACAGAACAAGUUUGUUAUUGUCAGCACUUCUUAUCCUGAAGUCCAAGAAAAAAAGACUACUUGUUUUGCUCCCCCCACCCCUUUUUUUUUUUUAAAUAAAUCACUUU